AUGUCCAUUGUUGGUCCCUCCCGCCAAUGUCCUAAUAUGUCGGUGGUUGUAUGUUUGGUGCGAAUCCAUGUCUCCUCCAUUACAAGAACACUCCGUUUCUCCUCCAAAACCAAUCCACACCGAGUGUCCCAAAUUAGCGUCCCUGCGAUUAACAGGACACCCAAAAACGCUACAGAACUUAAACCCAAGAACCACUUGCCCCAAGUUCAAGACCAAAAAAAGUUUGUCCAGCGUGAAGGAUAUGCAUACACGGAAACAAGUGAAUUGGGUCAAUUUAAUGAAUGUCCUGCCAAUUGGGAAUAUGUGCUUGAAGGAAUUCGUAAAAUGAGUCAUUCGAUAGACACUUCUGGAGAUCGGGAAGACGAUGAUAUUCAUCCUCCUAAGGAAAGAAGAUUUGUUGUGCUGGCAUCUACUAUUUUGUCAAGCCAAACUAAAGAGGAUAUUACUCGUGGAGCAACUCAACGUCUUCGUCAAAAUGGUCUGCUUACUGCUGAUGCACUCAACAACGCUGAUGAAGAAACUAUCAGAAAGUUGAUUUACCCUGUUGGGUUUUAUAUAAGAAAAGCCAGUAACUUAAAGAAAUUGGCUCAUAUUUGUCUAACAAAAUAUGACGGAGACAUACCUAACACAAUUGAGGAACUACUCUCACUUCCAGGCGUAGGUCCUAAGAUUGCUCAUUUGGUUAUGAUUAUUGGAUGGAACAAUGUCCAAGGGAUAUGUGUAGACACUCAUGUCCACCGCAUCUGCAAUCGUCUUGGGUGGGUUUCGAGAUCAGGCACAAGACAGAGAACUUCAAUACCGGAAGAAACAAGAAAGGCCCUACAACGGUGGCUUCCAAGGGAAGAAUGGGUUGCAAUAAACCCUCUCCUGGUAGGAUUUGGAAGGACAAUUUGUACUGCUUUACGGCCUCGCUGUGGAGAAUGUGGUGUAAGUAAGUUCUGCCCAUCAGCAUUCAAGGAGACUUCAAGUUCAUCUUCUAGGUCCAAUAAGUCUUGA